CUCAAAAUUAAAGUCCAGCAAAACCAAAGGCAAACACGUACGAGAAAAUGGUAUUAUUCCUCUCACUGUGGAUACCAAACGCUAAAUCUCUUCCCUUUUCGCCCCAAAUCUACCGGCCUUUACGCCGGCAAACGCAAAGCGGAAUUCUUCUUCGUAACUAUUCCACCAUUAUUUGCCCAACCAAACCAGGAAAAAAUCCAUUCACUUAUCGCAAUGGAGAAAUACGACAUACUCUUUCUACAAAGUUAUCACCCAUUGUGAGGGCGGCCGUAACGCCGGGUUCUGAAAACGACGGAGAAGACAUGCCGGUGGCGGCGAGAAUGUCGAAAUUUUUGGAGAUGGCGCCGGGGUUGCCGGCGGGGGCGGUGCUGUUGGCGUCGACGCAUUUGCUGUGCCUGUUUGCCCCAUUUUGUUUCAGUUGGGAUGCCGCCGGCGUUGCGGUGGGGUUGGCCGUCGUCACGGGCGCGUUGGGAAUUACUCUCUCUUAUCAUAGGAAUCUGUGUCACCGGAGUUUCAAGCUUCCCAAGUGGCUUGAGUACCUGUUUGCCUAUUGUGGUGUUCAUGCACUUCAGGGGCAUCCAAUUGGUUGGGUGAGCACCCAUAGACAUCACCACCAGCAUUGUGAUUCUGAGAAAGAUCCCCAUAGUCCCAUUCAAGGAUUUUGGUAUAGUCACCUAGGCUGGUUGCUUGACUUCAAUUCUGCUAAUGAAAGGGGUGAAAUGCCAACAAAUGUUGGGGAUUUGGAGAGUCAAUUCUUCUAUAAAUUCAUUCAACACACCUAUAUUAUACAUCCCAUUUUACUUGCAGCAAUGCUAUAUGUUAUCGGCGGAUUUCCUUACGUAGUUUGGGGCAUGGGAGUAAGAGCUGUGUUAAUGUACCACAUAACAUUUCUUGUGAAUUCUGCUUGUCACUUAUGGGGAACUCAAGUAUGGAAUACAGGCGAUCUAUCUAGAAACAAUUGGUUAGUGGCGUUGUUAACCUUUGGAGAGGGUUGGCAUAACAACCACCAUGCCUUUGAGUUUUCAGCUAAACAUGGGCUGGAGUGGUGGCAACUUGACAUAACUUGGUAUAUUGUGUGGAUCCUUCAAGCUCUUGGUUUAGCGUCUGAUGUUAAGUUGCCCACUGAAACUCAAAAAAGAAAGAUGGCCUUCAACAAUAGCUAAGUGCUGAGGGCUGAGGAGCAGUACAGUGGCAUAAUAUAUUUGUUAUUUAAAUAGGGGAUAUGAUAUUAGCUAGGGUUGUUGGUUGGAAGGUUAUUGUUUGUUUGUUUAAUUUGUUUUAAUAAAUAUGAGAAUGUCCAUCACUGCAGCAAGUAGCAAUUAUUCGAGGAUAAGUAUACAUACUAAAAGUUUUUUAAAUGCUAUUGUUAUUAUUGUUGUUGUUA